AUGAGUUUGUGCUGCUAUAUAAGGAGCAGUUUUACUGACCAAGACACAGCUCCAACCACAGCCCUCCAUCAAACACCACCUGAGAUCUAUAAACUACUGAAACCACAAAUGUCUGACAAAAACCUACAAUUAACCAAACAGGGACAAUACGAUAAUGAUGAAGGACAUGAUACAUCUACUGAAAAGCAGCAGAAAGGAGAACCAAGUGUGAAAGCUACAUCAGGUCAUUCUUAUAUAUUUGGUACCACAAACAUAAAUGACACAUAUCAAAGACCAGGAAAUGCCUAUACAGAAGGCAAGUUUGCUCAAGCUGUAAAAUAUGUGGAAGGUCAUAAAGACGAAGAAGGAACGAUUCCCAAAACCGGAGUCUAUGCAGAAGCAGGGGUUGGACGAGCUCGUGCUGAAUACAGUGUAUUUGAGGCUGAAGCCAAAGGCCCAAACGCCUCAGCUGGUGCAGAAGCCAGUUUGGUUGGAGUCGGAGCAAUGGCUCGAGCUGAACUUGGCAGUGCAUCAGCUAAAGCCGGUCCAGUCGGUCUGAAAGUGGGGCUUGGAGUUGACACGGGUGCAUCUAUUGGUGUGAAUGGGGUGGAGGUGAAAGUCUUGGGAACCGGAAUCUCAGUUGGCCCAAAAACCAGUGUGUCUGUUCUAGGCAGUGAAGUGUCAUGUUCAGUCAUGUGAUCAGACAGGUGUUAAUCACCUUUAAAUAAAUUUACAUGUAACAGUUAAGUCAAAUAAGUGUUUUAAUGCAGAGUUAGUAUUGUUGUUGAGCUACAAAUACACAAAAGUAUACUUUACCAAUAUGAAAACAUAAUGUUUUAUUUGAGAUUGUGUCAUUUUACAAUUGUUGAGAUGUUCAUUACAUUUAAGAAAUAAAAAGCGAUUUGUAUUUGGUUAUGUAGUUGUGUUUUAUUAAAUAAUGACAACUCUAGUUUGGAUCCAACUUUUGCAAAGAUUUCAGGCAACAACAACAGAUUUCAGUUGAUGCCAACUUACAUACAACAUAAAAAACUGGCAGAUAUUAUCCUUUUAUUGCAGUCAAGUAAUUGCUGCCUGACACAUAUGAUGUGUCUUCUUAUCUGACUGCAUGAUGUUAACUAACCUCUUAAUGUUAUAUAUUACUGCCAUAUGGAUAUUAUGUUGAUGUGUGGCUAAUAA